GAAUUAAACGAUGUUUUACUUUUGUAUUCUAAAUAACCUCUCUCGAGCCGUAAAACCCCUUCCUACACAUCUUUCUUGGCCAACAAUGAAACCUUACAGACUCCUAGACCCUCACAAGUCACACCCUUAAACCCCGAGGCGAAAUCUCAGACCCAUUUUCCUCACAACCUAGUCUCUCUCUUCACUCCCCCAACCAGACCCUCCACCCAUCACCCACCACUCUCUCCUCAACUCCAUCCAAACUUCUCACUGGCAUUUCAUCGAACACGUUCCCCCAAACCUUCCCUCUUCUCUAAUCUCCCAAACCCUCUUUCAUCUCCACAAAACCCCUCAACUUGUCCAUCAAUUCACAUCCCACUUCGACUUUUCCCGCCUCGAAAUCCAAACCCAAUGCCUCGCCAUCGCCAUUCUCGCCGCCAUGCUCCGGUUCGAGACGUUUUUGACUCGCUGGUUCGUGCCCGAGUGCGCUUGAGUGCCCAAAGCGGCGUCGUUUUGGACUUGCUGGUAAGGGCUUGCUGUGAGAUGAAGAGGGCUGAUGACGCUUUUGAGUGCUUUAAAUUGAUGACGAGUGGAAAUGUGAUGCCUAGGACUAAGACUUGUAAUGAAUUGUUGAGUUUGCUUUCGAAAUUGAAUCGAACCGAGAGGGCUUGGGUUUUGUAUGCUGACGUGUUUAGGUUGAAGAUCAAGUCCAGUGUUUGUACUUUUAACAUCAUGAUUAAUGUGUUGUGCAAAGAAGGCAAGUUGAACAAGGCAAAGGAGUUUCUUGGGUUUAUGGAGAUUUUAGGUUGUUUGAGAGGCAGAGUUGGAGGGGCUCAGAUGAUUUUUGGUGCUAUGAAAGGGAGAGGAGUUCAGCCGGAUUCUUACACAUAUGGAUUGCUUAUUAGUGGGAUGUGUAAGGAGAGAAGGCUUGAUGAAGCGUCUGGUCUUUUUGAUAAAAUGCUGGAAAUUGGGCUGUUUCCGAGUGCUGUUACUUAUAAUACCCUGAUUGAUGGUUAUUGCAAUAAGGGUGAUCUGGAUAGGGCCUUCGGUUAUAGAGAUGAGAUGGUGAAGAAGGGUAUAAUGCCGACGGUGUCAACUUACAAUUUGUUGAUUCAUGAAUUGUUUAUGGAAGGUAGGAUAGUGAGUGAAGCUGAUUGUAUGGUUAGAGAAAUGGAAGAGAAGGGAAUGGUUCCUGAUGCCAUUUCGUUUAAUAUCCUGAUUAAUGGCUAUUGCAGGUCUGGGAAUGCAAAGAAAGCGUUUAUCCUUCACGAUGAAAUGUUGAGCAAAGGGAUAGAGCCCACUAAGGAAACUUAUACAUCACUUAUUUAUGUUUUGAGUAAAAGGAAGAGAAUGAAUGAGGCAGAUGACUUGUUUGAGAAGAUAAUGUGUAAGGGUGUUCUUCCGGAUCUUGUGAUGUUCAAUGCUUUAAUUGAUGGUCAUUGUGCUAAUGGGAAUAUGGAGCGUGCAUUUUCGCUUUUGAGGGAGAUGGAUAAAAUGAAGGUUCAUCCAGAUGAAGUGACUUACAAUACCCUAAUGCAAGGGCGCUGCAGGGCAGGGAAAGUUGAGGAAGCUCAGGAACUUCUGGAUGAGAUGAAGAGAAGGGGAAUUAAGCCUGAUUACAGUAGUUACAGCACCCUCGUUAGUGAACAUAGUAAACGAGGUGAUAUGAAUGAUGCCUUCAAAGUUCGAGAUGAGAUGUUGAGUAUAGGUUUCAAUCCUACACUUCUAACGUACAAUGCUCUUAUAAAAGGUCUAUGCAAAAACCAAGAAGGUAAUCUUGCUCAAGAGCUCCUUAAAGAAGUGGUGAACAGAGGGAUUACUCCCGAUGACAGCACAUAUUACUCUCUGAUUGAGGGAAUUGAGAAUGUUGAGGAAUUUCUCAGAAAGGGCGUUUCAUGAAGUCUCUCUCUCCGUGUAUUGUACUUCUAAUGAUAGAGGUGUUCUUGAGCCCAAAUUCUGGUUCUGGAAGAUUGUUUUUGGUUACUUCUUUGAAGAUGAUCUGACAAGCACAGCUCAGUGGCUAAUUCUAUGGUGAGUAGAGUAAUUCAUACUAGAGACUGUGGUGCCUGAUGCUAAUGGAAAUGGUCCAGUUGAUAACCAUAGCUAUGCAGAGCAACGAUUGCAGCAGGUUGUCGAAUCUAAGUAUAUCAUGAAGGAUCCUUCUGCAGAACCGGUUUAUUUGAAAGUGCAAUGAAUGUUAUACAAGAACACCUGCCUUCAUCUGUUGAGGCGAUUUUGCCCCCUAUUUUUUUUUAAAUUACCCAAUGCCAUUCCCCUAGGUUUUUUUCUUCCUUUCGCUCUCCUCCCCUCAGCUCUACCAGAGUUUCAUAAUUCUGUCUUGCUCUGAAAAUCGGAGCUAAGAUGCUUCUUUGGGCUUAGGGACCAGGCAGUCCAGCCCUGGCUUGGUCGGUGCCGUCGCCGCCGCCGCCAUCAAGGUAUCAAUUGGAACUGUGUAAGAAAGCUUUGGAGAACAUAAUUGUGUAUCUGGAAACUGGUUGUGGAAAGACCCACAUAGCCGUGUUGCUUAUGUAUGAACCAGUUGAUACAAAAACCUCGGAAGAAAGUAUGUGUGUUCUGAGUCCUGUAAGUCAAGUCCCCAGUUACUUACAUUUGUAAACAAAAGGAAAAAUAUUGGAUUUUUAUAUGUUUCAAUGCUUGCAAGGAGAUCGUUGUGGUAUAUAUGGAUCAAAUUGCUCCCAAUGGAUUAUUGCAAUGGAGAUUUUGAAGCCCGAUAUGUUUUUAAAGAAGAUGGAGAGAGGUUCGAAGAAGAUGAAGCGGAAGAAGUUUGUUUUUCAUCAUCUAUCAUAGCUUCAGUUUGGUUGAAUCAAUUAUAAAAUGCAUGAUUUCCUGAUCAGUCCUUGAUGCUUUGCUUUGUUGAAUCCAGUGGAUUGAGUACCAAAUUAUGAGAGUUGCUAGGACUGAAGACCACUAAAUGCUGAAGAAUGGAGUGGAUUUAUGUUACCAUGCAUACAUAUGGUCGAGUAAUGUUUAAAUGUAGUGUUAUGAACGUUGUCAAAUGGCACUGGUAGUAGUAUAUAUAAUUAUAUAUCAAGUUCACAGAUUUAGUUUCCUUUUGACACAUUGAA